UUUGUUUGAACUGGAUCUUUUAAACAAACUGUUCAAAAGAGUCGAUUCACAGAAAUGAGCCAGACUCGUGUGAGUGAGGAACACAAUCGACAUCAUCCAAAGGCGACUAAAGGUGGCGUGAUUAAUACGCGACGGUUCUCGCGCAUGUCUACUGUUGAAACCUUGGUUUAAACAGAUCAAUAGCUCAAUCUUUUAAAACCCUUUGAUAUUUGUACGACCAUCCUUGAUACACAGACGGAGCGUCACUGCCUGCCCAAGAGGCCUUGCAUUCAAGAUGUAUCACAACAGCUCUCAGAAGAAAUUCUGGACUUAUGAUAAAGAGGAAACCCUAGAUAAAUUAAGACUAGAAGCUAAUCGGAAGUUUUGUUUAAAAGGCAUGUCCAGUGGUAAGCCUGGAAUAAAUGAAUCCAGGUUUCUUGAUGAUCAAGAAGAGAAAGUGCUUUUCAGACACUAUGAAAAGAGAUUGCUAGACUUCUGCGCUAUGUUCAAGCCUGCGAUGCCUAAAUCUGUUGUGGGCACAGCUUGUAUGUAUUUUCGAAGAUUCUAUUUGAACAACUCUUUAAUGGAGUAUCACCCUCGGACGAUAAUGUUGACAUGCUCAUAUCUCUCCUGUAAAGUGGAUGAGUUUAAUGUGUCCAGCACUCAGUUUGUGGAGAACCUUCAGGAGAGCCCUGCAGGACAGGAGAGGGCUCUAGAACAGAUUCUGGAGUACGAGCUGCUUCUCAUCCAGCAGCUCAAUUUUCACCUGGUUGUUCACAAUCCUUAUCGGCCCUUGGAGGGCUUUCUGAUUGACCUGAAGACCAGAUACCCAUUGUUAGAAAACCCAGAGAUGCUGAGAAAGAGUGCAGAAGACUUUCUCAACAGAGCAGCAAUGACGGAUGCUGGACUCCUCUUCUCUCCGUCUCAGAUCGGCCUCACUGCCGUCCUCAACAGUGCUGCACGUGCUGGCCUCAAGAUGGAGGCAUAUUUGACCGAAUGCAUGGGGCUUAAGGAGGAUAAAGAGACCCUCUCAAAGAUGUAUGAGUCAAUGAGACGGAUAACUAGUCUUAUUAAAGCAUACGAGCUUCCCAAAGCUGAGGAGGUCAAUACCUGCAAACAGAAACUGGAAAGGAUUCAUGCUGAAUUUGCUACAAACUUAAAAAGAAAACAUGGAUAUGAAGAUGAUGAUCACAUCGUGAAAAGGCAGAUGGUUGCUGAGGAAGAGUGGACUGAUGAGGAUUUUGAUGCAUUGUGAUGAUGAAGUUGUUUUAAAAUUGGCAACAUCCUCGACCGUUAUUUCAUGAACAGGCUGAGUUAUUCCAUUUGCCAUCACUGACAGAGGAUGCCCUUCUCAAACUAGAUUGUAAAUAUUUCCGCAAAAUGUAAUGUAAAUCUUUUUCUUCUGUAAAAA